AUGGUGGUCCUCAACUUCACGUUAAGCGAAGAAGGUGUUGCUGUGCUCCACGAUGCCCUUGCCUGCAUGUUCAAGUUUAGCGACGAUGUUUCUUUGGAGGCGAGAAAGGACAAGUUGACGCUUACAACCCUCAACAUCUCCAAAUCGGCAUAUGUCUGUUUCUCUUUCGCCGCCAAUAGGUUCUUUUCGCGAUACAGCUUUGAGGGAACUCCCCAACAUCGAGACCGCUUUUUCUGCCAGUUGUACAUCAGGGUGCUGACCAGCGAAGGUAUCACGGCUUCGCACUCGCUGCCGUAUGAAGUGAAACCCCCUACACACGCCAAGUUUAACCAGGAGGAAGCCGAACACCACUGGUCUAUUUCAUCCAGGACGUUACGGCAAUUAAUGGACCACUUCGGCCCAGGCAUAGAGCUUCUCGACAUCAACACAGAUGACGAGGCCCGAGUCGUAAACUUCACAUGCUUUACGGAGAAGGUGCAGAAGCGCGGCACUGUCAGCAACGAAGCUGUUCUCAAGAAGCCCCUCCACACUAACAUUGCGGUCGAGAUGGACGAGUUUGAUGGCGUAGAAGUCCAAAAUAAGCUUCACAUCAUCAUCAGCGUCAAGGACUUCCGCGCCAUCCUCCAGCACGCUCAAAUGACCAGCGGCGCGCUUGCAACCAGCUAUUCAAACCCUGGGCGCCCCAUGAAGCUGUCCUACAGCACUGAUGGCGUUCUAUGCGAGUUCAUCCUCAUGACGGUUGGCGAGAAGGACGCCUUGACGCAGAAGCAUAAGAACACACGGGCGAGCGCCGCAAGAACCCCCGCGCCACCUCUUGAUUCUGCAUCACACCGGGGGAGCUCCGCCGCAAAUGACAACAAGCCAGACCCGCCUGCGUCUAGGCCGCCACAGCAAAAGACGCCCAUCAGGCCCCGCCACCACGCUUUCGAAAUGCGGCCAUCGCCGAUGCCGCCUCCCGCCACGGCUCGGUCCGAAUCGCUAUUUGUCGAGCAAAACGAGGACGACGAGCAAUGGGAGCCCGUCAACCCAGACGAGGAAGAGGAGGAGGAAACUGGGAGGCUGGAGUGGAAUGCCACCAAUGAGCCGGUACCUUCUCUGCCCCGUCCUUGUCCGCGGCCUUCGCUAACUAGGAGUAGAAUCCGUCGACUCUACGCGUCGGAAGUUAUUUGUCCAAGCAAUCCGAGGCUCCAAAGGCGCUUCCCGAUCGGCUUGCCUCAGGUCUUGAGCCAACCCAACGGUUGUCCGAGGUAUGUGUAA